CUACAACUCAUACAAGUCUAAAACACUAACUGAACUCAGCAGGAGGAAAAGGAAUAUUCAGUCAUUAACGGACCGUCAAGGAUUCCUUUCAACACAGCAAGACUGUGGAGCGUCUGAAUCAAUGUGAGCAAAACACAGUGAGUGUCACCCAGAAGACCUAUGACCUCUCCUCUGAAAUGAUGGGUUAUUUGUCAUCACUCAGUGUUUUGAGAUCAGAGGUCAAGAGCCAGGUGGACAGUGUGGCUGUGCGUUUAGACCGGAUGGGGAGAGAGUUGGAGUAUCUAGAAAACAAGAUCCCCACCCAGUCUGACAUUGAGAUGGAGGAGGCUCUGCUGGAACAACAGGUAAAGGCUGCAGAACUGGACCAGUUAAAGAAGAAAGCCAAGAUCAAAGUGGAGAAUGACUGCAGCACAGCCCUGAGUCAAAUUACGUCUCUCAAGAUUGUGAAGAAGGCAGGAGACACCUAUGGUUCCUGGUUCAAGGAUCAACAAUCAGCCAAGGUCUACCUGCUCAGUGGAAUUCGUAACAACACUCUACUUGAGUAUGCCACUCUGCAAAGCUUCAAAGAGAGGAUCACUUCUCCCCCAGCUAAGGUGGUGCAGCUGCCUUUCCAGUGGCAGGGGACAGGUCAUGUGGUCUACAAUGGAUUCCUCUACUACCACAAGGCAGAUACACCCAACCAGAUACUGAAGCUACCCGCAGUUGAGCUCACUGAGGAUGAAAGAGCUGUGUGAGCUGCUCAGCUACUGGAAUGGAGCCAGCUUUAUCUGCAGGGGCCAGGUGAAGCUUGAACAAACUACAAAAAGUUAAAAUGUUAAUCAUCUGCUGUAAUGUUUUACGUGCAGUAACUGUUUAAAGAUACAGCCUGUUCACACACACAAGAGGCUUGUGUCAUCCUUAGGUGAAUAAUGUUGCAUACUGCAGUAUGCACUUGCAAAAUGAUGCUGUGAAGUUGGGAAUCAGAACAAAAGAUUUUUUAAACACUGCCACCAGAUAUUUUAAGACUCCCUCUGUUUUACUUUUUGACAAAAAAAAAAAAAAAUUACUUACCUAUUUUUGCUGAGGCAGUGAUUUCCACAAUUAAAUUUGCAACAAAGUAGCCAAAAUGCCAAAAUACAAAAACCGCCUUCACCAAAAACAAAGAAUGCCUUAAUUAUUUUCAACAGCUAUCUCUGUAUCAUUAAUAACAAAAUCGUAAAAUAACCUAAAAUUGUGUGCAAAUUGGAAUAAAGUCUACAGUUCUUUAGAGCUGAAAUGAUUAGUUGAAUUAUCAGUUGUCACAAAAUUAAUAGGCAAAUAUUUUGAUAAUCGAUUGCCUCAAG